GAGGGACAAUCAACAUGAACUCUAUUCCGUCGAUGGACAGACACAUACAGCAGACCAAUGACCGUCUGCAGUGUAUCAAACAGCACUUACAAAAUCCAGCAAAUUUCCAAACAGCAGCAACCGAGCUGCUGGACUGGUGUGGCGACCCCCGAGCCUUCCAGCGUCCCUUCGAGCAAAGCCUGAUGGGAUGCCUAACGGUGGUCAGCCGCGUAGCAGCGCAGCAGGGCUUCGACUUGGACCUGGGCUAUCGGCUCCUGGCCGUGUGCGCUGCCAACAGGGACAAGUUCACUCCAAAAUCAGCAGCUCUUCUGUCCUCGUGGUGUGAGGAGCUGGGACGCCUCCUCCUCCUCCGUCACCAGAAGAACAGGCAGAACGAGCCUCCGGGAAAAGUGCCCAUGCAGCCACCAAUGAGCUCCAUGAAGCCCGGCCUCUCACACGGAGAUGGGUCUUUUCCCUACGACUCAGUUCCCUGGCAACAGAACACCAAUCAGCCUCCAGGUUCGUUGUCUGUGGUGACCACUGUCUGGGGAGUGACAAACACCUCACAGAGCCAGGUUUUGGGGAAUCCCAUGGCCAACAACAACAAUCCCAUGAACCCUGGGGGUAACCCUAUGGGCUCAGGUAUGUCUGGUAACAAUCCAGGGAUGAACUCGCCUCAGUUCCCCGGUCCUCAGCAGCAGUUCCCCAACAAAGGCAACUCCAACCAGGGCUACAUGCAGCAGGGCAUGUAUGGACGACCCAACUACCCCGGAGGAGGAGGCUUUGCUGGCAACUACCCAGGAGGGCCUAAUCCUGGACCUGGUGGAAUGGGUAUCCCUCCACACUCCCGUCCUCCUUCAGACUUCACCCAGCCUGCCGCUGCAGCCGCGGCUGCUGCAGUUGCGGCUGCUGCCGCCACCGCAACUGCCACUGCCACAGCCACUGUAGCUGCCCUGCAGGAAACCCAGAACAAGGACAUGAACCAAUACGGACCGAUGAGUUCCUCUUUCCAGAUGGGACCAAACCAGGCGUACAACAGCCAGUUCAUGAACCAGCCAGGACCCCGCGGCCCUCCGUCCCUCCCUGGGAACAUGGGCACAGGCAUGAAUGCAUCCAACAUGAGUGGGCCCCCCAUGGGAAUGAACCAGCCAAGGGGCCAAGGCAUGGGGCCUUUCGCGGCCCACGGCCAAAGGAUGCCUCAGCAAGGCUAUGCAGGUCCCCGGCCUCAGAGCAUGGGUAUGCAGGGCAUGAAAAGACCGUACCCAGGCGAGCCAAAUUAUGGUGGACAGCAGUAUGGACCAAACAACCAGUUCCCUAACCAGCAAGGGCAGUACCCCACACCCAAUGCCUCCAGGCCACUGCCGUCCCCCAACUACCCCGGCCAGAGGAUGCCAGGACAGCAGUUGCAGGGCCAAUACCCACCACCCAGCGGUGCCAUGGGCCAGUAUUAUAAGCAAGAGCCACCUUUUAACGGCCAAACGAAUAACUUCCCUGGAAGUGGAUAUCAGUACAACCAGGGUAAUAUGAAUGGGCCACCCAGACCGGUGGGUAACUACCCUCACUCUCCAGUGCCAGGCAACCCCACCCCUCCAAUGACUCCAGGAAGUAACAUCCCUCCAUACCUGUCGCCAAACCAGGAUGUGAAGCCACCCUUCCCUCCUGACAUCAAACCAAAUAUCACCGCUCUCCCUCCACCACCAGCCAACCACAAUGAGGAGCUGCGCCUGACGUUCCCAGUCCGGGAUGGGGUAGUCCUCGAGCCUUUCAGGCUAGAGCAUAACCUGGCUGUCAGCAACCAUGUCUUCCACUUACGGCCCUCUGUACAUCAGACGCUAAUGUGGAGAUCGGACCUGGAGCUGCAGUUCAAGUGCUAUCAUCACGAAGACCGCCAGAUGAACACCAACUGGCCGGCAUCGGUCCAAGUCAGCGUCAACGCCACACCGCUCACCAUUGAGAGGGGCGACAAUAAGACAUCCCACAAACCCCUGCACUUGAAACACGUAUGCCAGCCGGGAAGGAACACAAUCCAGAUCACAGUCACUGCCUGCUGCUGUUCGCACUUGUUUGUGCUGCAACUGGUCCACAGGCCCUCGGUUCGCUCUGUCCUCCAGGGCUUACUGAAGAAGAGGCUUCUGCCUGCAGAGCACUGCAUCACCAAAGUUAAGAGGAACUUCAGCAGCGUAGCAGCAUCAUCGGGCAAUGCCACGCUCAACGGAGAGGAUGGCGUGGAGCAGACGGCCAUCAAGGUUUCCCUCAAAUGUCCGAUCACCUUCCGGCGAAUACAGCUUCCAGCGAGAGGCCAUGACUGCAAACACGUUCAGUGUUUUGAUUUGGAAUCAUAUUUACAACUGAACUGUGAGCGGGGGACAUGGCGAUGUCCUGUAUGCAAUAAAACAGCAUUGUUAGAGGGACUGGAAGUGGACCAGUACAUGUGGGGAAUCUUGAACGCCAUCCAAAACUCGGAGUUUGAAGAGGUAACCAUCGACCCGACAUGUAGUUGGCGGCCGGUGGCUAUCAAAUCUGACAUCCACAUCAAGGAGGAUCCAGAUGGACCGCUGGCCAAGAGGUUUAAGACGAUGAGCCCCAGCCAGAUGAUCAUGCCCAACGUGAUGGAGAUGAUAGCUCAGCUCGGCCCCGGACCGUCACCCUACCCAUCACUACCUUCUCAGCAAGGGGGCAACAACAGUGAAUACAGCAGCCAAGGAAACAGUUACCAGGGGCACGGGAACUUUGACUUCCCUCACGGCACCCCUGGUGGUACGUCGAUGAACGAUUUCAUGCACGGUCCCCAGCUCUCUCACCCGCCUGACAUGCCCAACAGCAUGAUGACCCAAGACAAGCCACUCUCCCACAACAUGCCUGACUCAAUACCUCACUCUGCCGGCAAUGACCAAUCGCAUGGUCCAUUGCAGCAGAGCUUACAUGCGUCUCCACACCCUGGGAGCCAAUCAGGGCAGCAGCUACACCACAGCGGGCCUCCGCAGCCCUCGCGACAAGCUCCACCUCCUCAGCAACAGCAGCAGCAGCAGCCCGGCCCCAACAACCAUCCCCACGGCGACCUGGCCUUCAACCCCUCCAGCAGUUUGGACAGCCAAGCAGGGUCGGACAUGCCCGAGCCAUCUUUAGACCUUCUCCCAGAACUCGCUAACCCAGAUGAGCUGUUGUCGUACCUGGAUCCCCCAGACCUCCCCAGCAAUAGCAACGAUGACCUUCUAUCGCUCUUCGAAAAUAACUGAGGCGAUUCAGACACACAUAAACUUUUCUGACUGCCUGCAGUUUCCCUGAGAACCCAGGGCAGUCACUCAGUACUUGAUAAACACAAAGAUGCACUCCCUUUCUCUUCUUCCUCUUGUACAGUUUUCAUUCGCCAGCGCAGAUUGACUGAAAGAGGUUAAAACUCAAAGACACAGCGGGAUGCUCAGCCCGUGGCGAUACCUUUUGAACUGUGCAGCUAUACUCAGUUGAUUUUUUUUACGCCACACACAGGUGUAUGUGUGCACAUUAGAAACG